UGAAAUUCGUGGUUUCAGCACACAGUCGCUCCACCUUCAAUCGACAACGCUCCAACGGCUCAGCUAUGAAGACCCACACCGUACUCCUGCUCCUGGCCUGCAUGGGUCUCGCAUCGGUGGUGACAUCCCAAUCCAUCUACUGCGGUCGCCGCUUGGCCAUGGCUCUGGACCUGGUCUGCGACGGGCACCUCAUCAAGAGAUCCGAGGUGAAACGCGAGCCAGCAGUCGAGUUGCAGUGGCCAUGGAUCGACGAGCAACACGCUCUCGGCGGCGGCUUCCGACGCAAGCGACUGGUGGUGGAGGAAUGCUGCGACAAGCCAUGCACCGUGGAUGAGCUCAUGACCUACUGCCACUAAACGAUUCCUUGGGGGGGGAUCCUCACUCACAGACUGUGAGGGGGGGUAACCUCACUCACUGAGGGAGGGGGAGGGGUGACGAACCGGCAAAUCUUUAACGGACCUGAAAAUAUGUUACUCAA